UCUUGCAAAGACUGACAAACACACUGCCGCCCGUAGUAACAAUCGUUUAUAGGUGUAUAUGUAGAAAUCAUAUUAAUUGUUAUAUUAGGCGAUUACAUUAAUUAGAAGUUGUGAUGACAGCUUCAAUAUAUGAGAUGUGUCAGGAUAGAAUUCGUAUAAUAUUUUUUUAUAAUGCGCAGGCUUAUCUUUCGCCAGCUUAAAUUUAGGCCCAAGUGUUUUGGCUUCGAUUAAUCAUGGCGGAAUUGAAGGUCUAAGAGGGUUCAGUGUUUAUUGUGUUGAAAACAGAUAAUUUCUUGUAUUUGGUUUUGCCCAGCAGUCUUUGGAUUCGCUAACAUGUGAGGAAAUAUUCGUUCAGACGUUCAGGACUGUGAUAACGUCAUUGCACGCUCUUCUUUACCGUAUGGUGAGAGAGGAAACUAGCAUCUCCUGCUGAAUAGAAGGUAGCAAGCCAUCGUUAGUGUUGAUGAUCCAGCAGGACAAGCCCAUGCUGGCCUGCAGCAUGCCUGUGUUGUGGCCCACACUGGUGGACCUGGGCAGAGACGAGUGUAAAAGGAUCCUUAGGAAGCUGGAGUUGGAGGCGUAUGCUGGAGUAAUCAGUGCUCUGAGAGCUCAAGGAGACCUCACUAAGGACAAGAAGGAUCUUCUUGGAGAGCUCACCAAAGUUCUCAGCAUCUCAACGGAGAGGCAUCGCGCGGAGGUCAGGAGGGCAGUGAACGAUGAGCGCCUCACCACUAUCGCCUAUCACAUGUCUGGGCCCAACAGCUCGUCUGAGUGGUCUAUCGAGGGCCGGCGCCUUGUCCCGCUCAUGCCCCGAUUGGUCCCCCAGACGGCAUUUACUGUCACAGCCAAUGCGGUGGCCAAUGCCUCAGCCAAUCAGAAUGCCUCUCUCUUGAUGCCUGCAGAAACGGGCAACAAAGAAGUGGUUGUUUGCUACUCCUACACAAGUACGACGUCCACCCCCACCAGCACCUCGGGAGGGGGUGCUGGCCUAGCAGGAGGCACGGUGAAAGCCUCGCGGCCGGCCAGCCCCGCCUCCAACGUGGUGGUGCUGCCCAGCGGCAGCACAGUCUACGUGAAGAGUGUGAGCUGCUCUGACGAGGAGGAGAAACCUCGCAAGCGCAGGCGGACUAACUCGUCCAGCUCCACCCCUGUGGUGCUGAAGGAGACGGCCAGGGUGACCCCGCCCCUCUCCAAGACCAUCAGCGUGCCUGUGAGCGGCGCCCCCAAGAUCAGCAACAUCAUGCAGAGCAUCGCCAGCUCCCUGCCCCCCCACAUGUCCCCGGUGAAGAUCACCUUCACCAAGCCCACCACCCAGACCUUCACCAAGCCCACCACCCAGACCACCAACACCACCACACAGAAGGUAAUCAUAGUGACGACCUCUCCAAGCUCCAACUUUGUGCCCAACAUUCUCUCCAAGUCUCACUCCCACAACUACGCGGCCGUAUCCAAGCUGGUGUCCACCUCCAUGCUGACUUCUGCCAGCCAGAAGCAGACCGUGGUCAUCCCAGCCAGCUCCGCCCCCUCCUCCUCCCCAAACACGGUCGCCGUGACCACCAUGGUCACCUCUAGCCCCUCGGUUGUCAUGUCAACCAUUGCUCAUGGUGGCUCGGCUGCUGGGGUCAGGGUAGCCUCAGCCAGACUUCCCUCCCCCAAGACCCUCAUGGGCUCCCCCACCCAGAUCCUCGCCCAGUUCCCCAAGCAGGCCCAACAGGCGUCCCUGGCCGGGGGCUCCUCCUUGGGCCAGACCCAGACCACGCCCCCUGGGUCCAAGCCCUCCAUCCAGAACAAGCAGGAGUCGGGAGUGAAGAUCAUCACCCAGCAGAUCCAGCCCAGUAAGAUCCUGCCCAAGCCCUCGUCUGCAGCCAUGCCCAGCAGCAACUCCUCCCCUAUCAUGGUCGUCAGUAGCAACGGGGCCAUCAUGACCACCAAGCUAGUCUCCCAGCCCACAGGUUCCCAGGCCACCUACUCCAGGCCCAGCGUGACCCCCACCAUCGGGGCUCGCGUGACGACCUCCCCGGGCGGAGCCACGUAUGUGAAGACCACCAGCGGCAGCAUCAUCACCGUGGUGCCCAAGUCCCUGGCCACGCUGGGGGGCAAGAUCCUCAGCAGCAGCAUGGUGUCUGGUACAACAACCAAGAUCACCACCAUUCCUAUGACCUCCAAGCCGAACGUGAUCGUGGUGCAGAAGACUACGGGCAAGGGAACCACCAUCCAGGGCCUGCCAGGCAAGAACGUUGUCACAACGCUCUUGAAUGCUGGGGGAGAGAAGACUCUCCAGGGGGCCAAGCCGGCCAUCAUCACCGCCUCCAGACCCAUCACCAAGAUGAUUGUGACCCAGCCAAAAGCCCUGGGCCCUGGGGCCGCCGGGCCGGGCCCUGGGGCUCAGCCCUCCACCACCACCAAGAUCAUCCCCACCAAGAUCGUGUACGGCCAGCAGGGCAAGACCCAGGUGCUGAUCAAGCCCAAGCCCGUGUUCCAGGCAGCACUGGUGAGCGAGGCCAGGCAGCAGGCUUCCCGCUCCACAGACCCCGGCCAGGAGGGGGCGCUGAAGGAUGAGGACAGGGGGAGUUCUCCCCCUGAGGGCUUGGCCCACAGCGGGCCUCUUGAGUCCCAGCCUGUAGUGCACCUGAUCUCCUCCAGGGGGCAGGAGUGGGCGGAGCAGGAGGUGUUGGUGGAGUCCAGUCCCACUAUCAUCUACCAGGAAGUGUCAGGUGGCAGGGAGGUGCAGCAGACCACAGUCAAGGAGAAGAGUGACGCUAACCCGAGGCAGCACAUCAUAGACCUGUGUCAGAUGGUGAUGCCUCUUCACACUGCCCAGGAGAAGAAGCCGUCAGAGCCACCAGGGCCGUCCUGCUCCUCCUCUGAGCUCCGCCUGGACUUCACCACAGCUGGCAAGGUGAGCAGGGCUGGUCCUCCGGCAGGGCAGCAGGGCUGGUCCUCCGGCAGGGCAGCAGGGCUGGUCCUCCGGCAGGGCAGCAGGGGGGGGAGACCAGCAGGGGGGGGAGAGACCAGCAGGGGGUGCCCUCUUACAGCAACAGCCACGCCCCCCUGGUGGUCAAGUCUGUUCCCUCCUCCUCCAUCACCAUGUGACACGGAAAUAAAGUGUGCUCCCUUUCAGGUGUCGAAGCAUGCGGAGGUCCCCCAGGAGGAGGGCGGGCUGGAGGGAGACACCCUGGACCCCCAGACAGGCCUCUUCUACCGGUCCAGCCCAGUCUUGCAGGGGCUCCACUCCAGCAGCACACACCAGGCCCAGCCGGACGCCAGCAGACACACCCCACACUCCACCCAGAUCCCAGCCCCUCCAGCCCAGAGCAAGCCCCAGCCCUCCCCCUCCUCCACCUCCCCCUCUCUGGGUAAGAGCCCCCCCCUGAUCCAGGAACCCCCCCCGCCCAGCCCCCUCCCUCUGGGACUGAGCCUGAAGGAGAAGUCAUCUGUGUUGGCCCCGGGGGUGUCCCAGGCCCCCACGGCCCCCUCCAAGCCCCUGCUAACCCCCCAGGCCCCCUCCAAGCUCCUGCUAACCCCCCAGGCCCCCUCCAAGCCCCUGGUGACCCCCCAGGCCCCCGGCCCCCCUGCCCCCUCCAAGCCCCUGGUGACCCCCCAGGCCCCCGGCCCCCCUGCCCCCUCCAAGCCCCUGGUGACCCCCCAGGCCCCCGGCCCCCCUGCCCCCUCCAAGCCCCUGGUGACCCCCCAGGCCCCCGGCCCCCCUGCCCCCUCCAAGCCCCUGGUAACCCCCCAGCUCCCCAGGCUGCAGCAGGCCCCCACCUCCCACCACAGGCCCCUCCACACCCAGCUGUCCCAGCCCCCACCCUUGCAGGCGCACCACCCUGUGGCCUCUGACAAGCUGCCUCUCUCCUGUCAGCCUCCUAUCAUCACGCAGGGUGCUAGUGUGACUAAGAUCACGUUUGGCCUCCAGACGGCUCCUGUUUGCAGCGCUGAGGCCCGGAGGCCGGAGGCCAAGCCGUCCGAUAAGCCGUCCGACAUCCUGAAGAUCUCCAUGAUGGAGGCAGAGAUCGACCCCAGCGCAGAGCCCAUGCUGGUGGACUCCUCCAGCGACUGCAGCCCCUACGGGGGGGCCCUGGCCGGGGGGCCAGAGGGCCUGGGCUCCAGCCCCCUGAUCAGCAGCUCCCUGCCCCCCUCCAGACCUCCGCAGCUGUCCCGCCUCCAGAGCAGCGACACCCCUAAGAGCAGAGACACCCUGGAUGUCAUAGAGGUGAUUCCCCAGUUCUCCAUCAUGCCAGACUCCAGCCAGUCCAAUGUGGUGGUGGAGCCCAGCGGCUUCCUCCAGAUCUCUGACUACACCAGCCAGCGUCUGGAAGAGGACAGCAUGGAGGUGGACAGCAUGGAGGUGGACAGCAGCGUGGAGGAGGCGGCGGCCAUCAGCCCCAACCAGGAGGGUGUGGCCGACCAGUCUCAGUGACCACUCCCUCCCCCCAGUGACCAGUCUCAGUGACCACUCCCUCCCCCCAGUGACCCUGCCUCACUUCCCCCCCCCCAGUGACCCUGCCUCACUUCCCCCCCCCCCCCAGUGACCCUG